GUAAGUAUCCUUAGUCAUGUUAUUGGAACCAAGUCCAAAUGUUGUACAAGAACACAAAUUCUAUGAAUCCGGUAAUAUCAAGCACUUGUUACCUCUCAUGAACCUCCAAAACUAUGAAACUACUGAGAUUGAAGAACCUUCAGGGAUCAGCAUAUAUGGGUGGGUUUUUUUGAUUUUGGUGAUUGUUUACAUAGCAGUGUUUAUGAAAAGAAGAAAAUUCACAGAAGCAGAGAGGACUGAUAAGGGACAUCUAAUGGUUUAACUGGAAAAUCUUAUAUGUCAUUUCAUAGUCUUCACGUCAACAUCUUUUUGGUAAGAGAACAACAAGCAAGCACCCUUCAUACACAUUAUUUAAUUCCCUGCAUGUGCUAUGUGGUAAUUUUCAGCACCAUAAUAUCCUCUUUUUGCAUAUUUAUCAGCUUUUAGUCAUUUCUGGUCAUACAUUGCCAUUCUUUCGUUAUUUUACUCGAAUUCAUAAGUUUAUAAUAUCAUUUUCAACUAAUAUAUAAUUGUUCUAUU